AUGGCUGAGACACUUUUGUCAUUUGGAGUUCAGAAGCUGUUGGACCUUCUUGUCCGAGAAUCUGAUCGAUUUAAGGGAGUUGAUGAGCAACUCACUGAACUCAAAAGGGAUAUAAACUUGCUGAGGUCCUUUCUGAAAGAUGCAGAUGCUAAGAAACAUGCAAGUGCGUUGGUGAAAAAUUGUGUGGAAGAGAUCAAGGAAAUCGUAUUUGACGCGGAGGAUGUCAUUGAAACCUUUCUUCUAAAGGAACAACUUGGACGAACAAGUGGGAUCAGGAAGCGCAUUAGAAGACUUGCUUUCAUUGUAGUAGAUCGCCGGGAACUUGCAUCCAUAAUGGAAGGCAUAAGUAAGAGGAUCUCCAAGGUGAUUCGCGAUAUGCAGAGUUUCGGUGUGCAACAGAUGAUUGUUGAUGGAAGCGGGUGUUCACAUCCUCUACAAGAAAGACAAAGGGAGAUGAGACACACUUUUCCUAGCAACUGUGAAAAUGAUCUUGUGGGGUUUGAGGAGAAUGUUAAGAAAUUGGUUGGCUAUUUGGUGGAGGAAGAGAACGUUCAAAUGGUUUCUAUAUGUGGGAUGGGCGGUAUUGGUAAAACUACUCUGGCUCGACAAGUUUUUAAUCAUGAGACGACGAUCUUCCAGGAGCUUAGUUCAGGAUAUGAUGAGCAUAGAGUGUCAAGCAUGACCGAAGACAAGCUCCAGGACACACUUUUUCGACUAUUGGAAACCAGUAAGUCUUUGAUUGUCCUCGAUGAUAUGUGGAAAGAAGAAGAUUGGGACCUAAUAAAGCAUGUGUUUCCACCAAAAAAAGAUCCAACAUGUGUCACAUUCAAACCAGAAUGCUUAACCUCCGAAGAAAGUUGGACACUUUUUCGCAGGACAGCAUUUCCAAAAGAUAAGGUUGAUGAAGUAAUGGAAGAGAUGGGAAAGCAAAUGGUGAAACAUUGUGGAGGUCUACCGUUGGCUGUUAAGGUGUUAGGAGGGUUGUUGGCUGCGCAAUACACAUUGCGUGAGUGGAAUAGGAUAUAUGAGAAUAUUAAAUCUCAUAUCGUGAGAGGAAGGAGUAGCUUCAGUGACAGAAAUAUCAGUUCAGUUUACAAUGUUCUGUAUCUGAGCUUUGAAGAGCUGCCUAUUUAUUUGAAGCAGUGCUUCCUUUACAUAGCCCAUUUUCCAGAAGAUUAUGCAAUAAAUAUAGAGAAUUUGUCCUAUUACUGGGCUGCAGAAGGAAUACGAAGGCCAAGGAAUAACAAUGGAGCGACCAUUCGAGACGAUGCUGAUGAAUACAUAGAAGAACUGGUGAAAAGAAAUAUGGUUAUUUCUGAAAGAAACGUUAUAACAUCAAGAUUUGAAACAUGUCACUUGCAUGAUAUGAUGAGAGAAGUUUGUCUCCUUAAAGCUGAAGAAGAGAACUUCUUACACAUUGUUGAUACAAGUAGUGUUACGUCAGAUGGAAGCUCUCAAUCACUUUGCAGAUCUUGCAGACUCGUCAUACAUUCGUUGGAUUAUACUAUUCAUAUGGAGCGGUAUAUCAAGAAUCCAAAACUUAGAUCUCUCUUGGUUAUCGAUCAGUACCCGGGGUUAAAAUGGAUGUCAUCAACAACGUUAUGCUUUACAAGGCUACAGUUUAUGAGGGUGUUAGAUCUUUCUAGAGCCACAUUUGAGGAAAGGAACUUACCCUCUAGCAUUGGGAAGCUCAUCCAUUUGAGAUAUUUGAGUUUAUAUCUUGGAGAUGUAACUCACCUACCUUCUUCUAUGCGGAAUUUGAAGCAGCUUCUCUAUUUGAACCUAGAUGUAUAUGGAUAUCCAAUCUAUUUGCCCAAUAUAUUUAAGGAGUUACGAGAACUGAGAUACCUCUGUUUACCGGUGGGAAUUCAAGAUAGUAUAAAGUUGGAGUUAGAAAAUCUUAUCAACUUGGAGACAUUGGUGAAUUUCUCAACAAAGCAUAGCAGUUUGACGGAUCUUCAGCAUAUGACAAGGCUUGUGAGUCUCUCUAUCUCAGUUAGAGGUGGGUGUAAUCUGGAAACUCUGCCUUCAUCUCUAGGUAAAUUGAGAAACCUGGCAAAUCUUGUUAUAGACGGUGCGAAAAUGCGUGACUCGUUUGGGCAUGGUUUUGAGGAAACAUUAUGUGGGAGGAGAAUGGUUUUCUCAAGCGGUGGAUUUCCUAAAUUGCAAAUGCUAGAUUUACGUGGAUUACAGGAAUGGGAAGAGUGGAUAGUAGAAGAAGGCUCCAUGCCCCUUCUUCAUGCUUUAUUGAUUUAUGGUUGUGACAAGUUAGAGGAACUUCCUGAUGGGCUGAGAUUUAUAACUUGUUUGGAAUAUUUGGUGGUAAGACCAAUUUCAUGGGAGUUUUUGACGAAAUUGAGAAGAGGAGGAGAAGAUUACUACAAAGUUCAACACAUUUGUCAUAUUACACUUGACUAUGAGCCUGAGAAUUUUUAUUAUUCCACUUAG